AUGACGUUUGCCGGGCGAUCAAUAAAAGAACUGGCGACGAAGCGAACAUCGGGGCCGGGACGAGGAUGGGCGGACACGGGCGGAGGCAAGGCUGGCUGUCGGGCGGGCUCAUUUCAUAAUCUAUCUAUCCAUCUAUCUCAGUCAUUUCAUAAUCUAUCUAUCUAUCUAUCUAUCUAUCUAUCUAUCUAUCUAUCAAACGCACACGUCCUGUUCAUAAUCUCUAUCUAUCUAUCUCUCUAUCCAUCUUUCUAUCUUAGUCUGUUCAUAAUCUAUCUAUCUAUCUAUCUAUCUAUCUAUCUAUCUAUCCAUCUAUCUAUCUAUCUAUCAAACGCACACGUCCUGUUCAUAAUCUCUAUCUAUCUAUCUCUCUAUCCAUCUUUCUAUCUUAGUCUGUUCAUAAUCUAUCUAUCUAUCUAUCUAUCUAUCUAUCUAUCUAUCUAUCUAUCUAUCUAUCUAUCUAUCUAUCAAACGCACACUCUGUUCAUAAUCUAUCUAUCUAUCUAUCUAUCUAUCUCAUCUAUCCAUCUAUCUAUCUAUCUAUCAAACGCACGUGUGUCUUCUGUUCAUAAUCUAUCUAUCUAUCAUCUAUCUAUCUAUCUAUCUAUCUAUCUAUCUAUCUAUCUAUCUAUCUAUCUAUCAAACGCACACGUGUGUCUGUGCAAUAGCUAUCUAGCUAUCUCAUCUGGUAAUAAUAUUCAUCUAUCUAUCUAUCUAUCUAUCUAUCUAUCUAUCUAUCUUAAUCCUUUAUCUAUCUAUCUAUCUAUCUAA